AAAGCCAUUUAUUUUAUUAAAUUAGAAUGGCUGAAAAACACAUGGUUUUGCUCUUUGUCGCGGCCGCCGUCCUCGCCGGGCAAGCUGACGGGGCCGACAUCUGUGAGAAAGCGGAAUACGCGUCGCUGUGCCGGUCUUCCGUGAAAGGCGCCACCGAGCCGGCAGCCGGGUUGCAGGCAGCGAUUGAACACCUGAUAUCGGAAACAAAACACGCGAAAGAGUCGAGCAUGAAGCUGGGCGUUAUGAAGUGUCUAGACGUGUGCAAACAGAACUACAACGACGCCGUUACGGACCUGCAGCAAAGUGUUCAGUACUUGACGAAAAACGACAAGCCUAGCCUGAAAAUCAGCCUGUCUGCGGCAUUGACGGACUACGUCACGUGCGAUGAUGCGGUGAUGGAAAGCGGCAACUCCAAGAAAGUUGGAGACCUCAUGAGCGUCGACGUUAUGCUGCGACAUAUGGCUGCCAAUUGCUUGCACUUGGCCUCUUUGUUGAAGUAAUUUUUCCAUCUCUUCCGGCCGUGCUUAGGAAGAGGAACGGGCGUUUGGGCAGACCGAUGUAUCGUUUUGGUCUGAAAUGAUUCCGACUUGUCGUAAUGUGAUAAUCAUAGA